AUGGCGAGCGGCGGGUUGAAGAAGAUGUUAACCUUGGCAAUCGGAGAAGGCGUAUCUUGUGCACGAGCAACGAUAUUCGGUCAUCAAUUGAACCCAACCGGCAAGAAAUCUGCUCACAAGAUUCUCCGCAUGAAAAUGAUUGGUGAAAAAGUUGCUCAAUGGUACCCUCAUGAUAUCAACAAAGAUGACCCUCUUGUUAUGGCUCGUCAACAACAAGAACGCUUAUCAAAGCUUGAAAUGUUGAAGCGUCGAGGUAAAGGGCCACCCAAGAAGGGACAGGGAAGGCGUGCUGCAAAACGCAACAAAUAA